AUGUCUCCCUCCACCUCCUCUUCUCCCUCCUUCCAACCCACCCAGGCCCAGCUCAACCUCGCUGCUCUGGCCGGGUCGCCAUCACCACGGACCAUGCGAGGCUUGCGCAAGAUCCAGUCUCACCAAAUCCUCUCGUCUCACCCGCCAUCCUCAGCUCUUCCGGCAUCGGGGCGCCUGUCCGCUGGGGCCGAGGAGCUUGUCGCCCAGCCUCCCCAGCUGGACUCGCCCGUGCGACUGCGCUCUCAGCGUCGGGCGCGCUCCAACAGCGAUGCGUCAUCUCGGGACCCCCCAGCGAUAGGAACUCAAAAGCGAUCGGCCAGGAAAACGGGCUCUGGCUUCGGAGUCAAGCGAUCGGUCUUGGAGACGCUCCUCCGAGAUGGACCACAUCAGGGGAACCUCCAGGAGGGUCUUCAAGAGCUACGAUACCUGGUUCUGUCGACACGAGUCGAGGCAGACGCGGAUGGCAUGUCAACAUACCGAAUCUACCUAUGGCUCGUGCUUCUCGAUAUCCCUCCCGUCCCAACCGACGAAUACCUCUCUCUCAUCCACCGAGGCCGCUCCCCAGCCUAUACCAAAAUCCGCAACGACACCUUCCGCACCCUAGCCACGGAUCCCCUAUUCAAACGUCGCGUCACAGAAGCCAGCCUGAUCCGGCUGCUCAACGCCGUCGCAUGGAAACUCCACGACGCAAAGAACAAAUAUCGAUCGCGAUCGCGUCCGUCAUUUUCUCGUCUCCGGGAGAUUGAGCUCUUGAUUAAUACACCUCCGAGCAUCGAGGAAGAGCCCUCCCCAUCCGGCAGCACACCAGGUAGCGUCGCUAGCAGUCGCGACGACAUCAGCGGGAUUACAAAUGAGUCCGCGCUGUACGUCCAAGGCAUGAACGUGCUCUGUGCCCCAUUCCUUUAUGCCGCCCGCAGUGAAGUCGAGGCCUUCGGCCUGUUCCACUCGUUCAUCACCCGCGAAUGUCCGGGUUACAUCCGAGGCGCGAUGGACGGGGUCCAUCGGGGGCUGCGCUUGGUCGAUCAAUGUUUGGAGAUCGUCGAGCCCAAAUUAGCGGCGUACCUCUUUUCCAAGGGGCUGCAGGCGAAACUAUACGCAUUUCCGUCGGUGUUGACACUCUGCGCGUGCACGCCUCCUCUCCCAGAGGUGCUGCAUCUGUGGGACUUUUUGUUUGCGUACGGAACACACUUAAACAUCCUGUGUAUUGUGGCGCAAUUGAUACGGAUGAGGGAUACAAUCUUGGAAAGUCCGAGUCCCAACAAAAUCCUCCGAUCCUUCCCGCCGCUCGACGCCAAAGAGAUCAUCGCCCUGACGGUCCUAAUCGUCCGCAAGAUCCCCGAACCGCUAUACGCCGAAUUAAUCGACCACGCCAAAUGA